UGUCAAGGAUCACAACCCCCUUGACACGCAAAAUAUCGUUUCGCUGAUGUUCGAAAAAGAGUAGGCUCAUUGAGGGUCGUCAGGGAAACUCAAAACACUCACAACCAAACAUAAUUCAAUUAGUGUUAACUAGCCGUAAAAUGGCUGAUAUAUUGCGAAAACGGCGUAAAAAAUCAAUCAAUCACUCGGUAAAACCCGCCUGUCGGACGUUUUACAUCCAGCCAGAACAGGAGAAUAUGUAUUCUUUCAUGUCAUGGACAUUGUCGUCUCUUUUAUUGGCCCUUCUAAUAGAUGCGAAGGAAAAUGGAUGCCCACAAUCUAUACCAACAAUGAAUGUCGUCAAACGCUGUCCCAAAGACAGUACCGAAUGGAUCAAAGCAAAAGAGAGAAAGCAGUGUCAUUUGGUUGUACAGAACUGCUCGAAACUACGACAGGAAUUCGUUUAUCAUUGUCUACCUAACAAAGUCCUUGACUCUUUAAUUGAAGUUUGUGCACCAACAAAAAUAAUAGUGGGUAAUUACUGUCCAUUUUAUGACUUGCGUCGGAAUACUAUUGGACCGAAUUUCAACCAACCUUGCAAAGACCAUGUCAAGAAAUGCGCAAACGUAUACACCUCAAACUCGGUCCACAGAUAUCAAGAGUGCUAUGAGGAAAUCCAAGAGAAUACAACUGAUGAUCCAGAAAAACGCAUAUUUCUUGAUCCAGCACUUACAAAUGGAAUCUAUGUGAUAUGUGCCAUUCUAGCUGCUGUGCUGCUGCUUUUUGCCAUUCGUAUUUAUCUUUUACGACCAUGUGUUAGAAAAGAUAAGCGUGGUGGAAACGGAAAUUAUGCUGAUACACAUGAGAAACACAGUUCUAUGUUGAUGAUGUGAUAUACAGCGAAGCUGUUACAAUGUGAUUAUUCAAGUUCUUAUGACAUUUUUCUUUAAACUGUUCAGCACUCAAACUCAAUAAAUGAGUGCAAUUAAUGUCGCCAUGAAAUUACCAACAUGAUAAUCAGCGGGAUUGGAGUUAAUAUAGCAAUAUAAAGGUCGAUUUAUGUGCCUAUAAAAAAUACUAAAAGAUCGAAGAAAUUCGUUUAUUUCAUUAGACAUAUCUCAAAAUAACAUGUUCAUUACUGUCGCCAUUUUAAUAUUAACAUUUACAAGAGGGAUAUUUGCUCGAAUAACUAGUUUAUGCGCGCUAUAUGUUCCCAUAUAAUAUUGUUCAGUUUUUCAAAGACAAUGUGUUGGUUUCCAGGUUUGAUAAAAAAAUUUACAGCAAAUUUCGAAGUAAUGUUUGUUACACUAAAAAUACCUUACCACAAUAUUUGUAAACUAUUUCUUUGAAAUGUAGAAAACCUGAAUAAUGAUUGUUGAUUCUCGAGAAUUUUUCACUUAUAUGGAGACGUCACCUAGACCGGUGAAAGGCUUCAAAGUUAGGCCAUUGAGCAGUGAGAGUUCUUUAGCGCGCCACAUCUACUGUGACACAGGACAUCCGUUUUUACGGUCAUCUUCAAGGGCCUGUGACAUUCACACCUGAUGCCGAGCGUUUGGCGAUGGAACUGUCACUAGUUUUAACGACAUAUGUCUGUCGCGGCCGGGAUUCGAACUCCUACCUUCCGCAUGCGGAGCGAACGCUCUACAUAUAGACCACCGCGGCGGUUCUGAAUUAUAACAUUGUUAGACUGUUUUGUACAGUGUAUUGAUGAAUGUCAGAAUAUUGAACAGAAUUAUUUUCAUCUAGUCUUAUCACUAUGCAAACCAAAAAUGUUUUGAGCCAAGAUCUAAGACUGACUGUUAUAUUCGUUAAUGCGAAAUAUGAGAACAUAUAUGCAUUCACAGUUUGAAAUCCUCUACAAGUACAUGAGUGUACUUGCUGCAAUCAAAAAUGGUCGUUGAUAUAUAUUUCUGUUUACCUAGGAGAAUGAUUGUGUGGUUUUAAAAUGUUCAUUACCGCAUUUCAAGAAACUCUCGGUGAAUUGAAUUCUAGCUCGAACCCAAGAUUAUUUGUCAUCGAUAACGAGCAUUGGAAAGCUUGAUAAUUUUUAAUUAAAUAUGUGUUCCCGGUAACGGACAUUUCCCGAAAUGGAUACAUCUUUUGGUAUGUUUCUAUUCAGGUUUAAUUGACGUUUCUAUUAUAUGUUUUAAAUGUUUAAACGGUUUCGAUAAAAUAAAAGUUUCAAAUGAAAGUUUAAAUUCAACCCUCUAAGCAUCGUAACAUACAUUUCCCAUCUGUAAAGAAAAUAACAGUAUCGAUUUCCAUUAGGCUACUAAUGAUGUGUCGCUGGUUUUUAGAUAUAAUUUCUUUGUUAUUAAUCCAAAAUAGACUGUAUAAUAGAAAACGUCUUAUGCAUCCAAGGAAAUUUUAAAGUAUACGUUUUUAAAGUUAUUUGUAUAAAAUGUUUUACAUGUAUAUAUAAUCUACAUAUAUCUAUUAAUAUCAAUAAUUGAAACUAUAAAUAGUAUCAACCACAGUAUUGAUGAGCUGAACGUUAAUUACAUAUGAGAGAUCUUUUGAAUAUGUUCAUAAUCUUGAAAUAAAAAUUGUCAAAUUAUGAAAUGUUCGUUACAAUAGUGACAGUAUUGUAGAGAUAUAUUUGAUUCAUCAACG